GGUAACAGAGGGGUAACGGAGUUCAUAUUCCCAUAGCAACGUGUCAACUUCUGAUAAUGAGUCUCCUGACACAACUCAGAUUGUUACUGUGGAAGAACUUUACUCUACGGAGAAGACAGAAGGUGCGGUUGGUGGUGGAGCUGAUUUGGCCUCUGUUUCUGUUCUUCAUUCUUGUGUCGGUCAGAUCCACCAAUCAGCCUGUUUAUAAAAGCCAGUGCCACUACCCCAAUAAGCCCCUCCCAUCAGCAGGUGUGUUGCCAUGGCUACAGGGCAUGUUGUGUAACAUACAGAACCCGUGUGUCAGUUAUCCCACACCUGGUGAAGCACCCGGACAGGUGAACAACUUCAACGACUCCACAGUAACAAAGGUUUUGAUUGAAGUUCAGUCGCUCCUGGCAGAUCCCGCCCUCUUCGGCAACGUUCAACUGAUAUCUGAUGAUAUCGGCCAAUGGGUGUCCGUCCUGCAGAAUGCCAACCCAGCUGGAGGUCAGUCCAUUCCGCUUCGCAAUUUGCUGAGAACCAACGAGACGUUUUCAGAAUAUCUGACGAACAGCCUUUCUGUGCCAAGCACAACAGCCACGAGCCUGAUGAGGGUGAAAGUUCGGCUCGGCCAGUUGCCUGCGCUCUCAGGUGAGGGAGAUCUGCGCUCUGUGCUCUGCAGUGAAUCAAUCAAUCGCAUCAUGGAGUUUAAUUCAUCCAAUCAGAAGGCGGAGUUUCAGAAUAUCACAUGCUCCUUGACAGCCAAUCAGCUUCUUCAAGCCAGACAAGCAUUCAUGCAGAAUGUUGACAACAUGAAACUUCUAAAUGCACUUCCAUUAGCAUUGGGUCUGAACCAGCGCGAGACGGGCGUACUGAUGGCAAAAACCAGCGUGAAUAUCGCUCCACUAAUGACAGCGAUGUCUAAUUUUGGGUCUUCAGCGCUGCUAAGUGCGGUAGGUACUUUGGACUUCAGGUCCGAUCCAUUUGGAAGCCUCAGUCAGCUGAUGUGUGGAACAGACGUUAACACCACGUCCAAAACCACCAGCAGAGAUGUUGUGAGGACCGUGUCAACAGAAUCGGACCAACAGAACACACGGGCCGCAACAGCCGACAACACCAAUACAACCAGCACUAACACCAGUGAGUUCUGUAAAAACUUGACUGACACACUGGAGAGCUCGUCCAGCCUGCGUCUGUUAUGGAAAACCUUCAGGCCCUUUCUGCAAGGAAAAAUCCUCUACACGCCCGACACAAAUGUUACGCGGAGCAUCGUUACAGAGGCCAACCGCACCUUUGACGCUGUGGCUAAAGUUGGCGAACUGGCAGAGGCAUGGCUGCAGAAUAAAGAUUUGAUCUGGAAUUUUUUCAACAGCAGCACACAGAUUAACACACUACGGGGUCUUCUGAAGAACCCUGUUCUUGCUGUAGUUCUGGACCAGAGGUUGGAGGACACUAGCCUGUCCACAGCGCUGAUCAGCAACUUCCUGUUUAACGGUCCCGAGUCCAAGCGCCCAGCAGGAAUGCCAGCCUUCGACUGGCGUAACAUCUUCAUCGCCGUCAGCCAGAUAGCACAGCAACUCACUCAGAUUCUACGGUGUUUUGAUCUGGAUAAGUUUGAAGGUGUCAGCAGUGAGACUGUGCUGGUUGAACAGUCAUUUAAGCUCCUGAAUCAGGACAGGUUCUGGGCUGGACUGGUCUUCACGGGUCUCUAUGACUCCAGUGACCUCCAGCCUCCUCCCCACAUCAGAUACAAGAUCCGCAUGGAGAUCGAGGAGACCGAAAGAACUGACAAAAUCAAGGAGAGGUCCUGGUCCCCAACGGCCCGCGACAACCCAUUUAAUAGCCUGCGGUAUGUGAGAGGAGGGUUUGUGUACCUGCAGGACAUGGUGGAUCGAGGAAUCACUAAGGUCCAGACUGGAGUCAGUCAGCCGCUCGGAGUAUUCGCACAACAGAUGCCAUACCCUUGUUACAUGGACGACGUGUUUCUGCGAUCUUUGACAAGCUCCCUGCCUCUAUAUAUGACGUUAGCGUGGAUCUUCUCGGUUGCGUUGAUAGUCAAGGGUGUGGUUCAAGAGAAGGAGGCACGUCUGAAGGAGACUGUGAUGAUGAUGGGAUUGAAGAGCUCAACCUACUGGCUGAGCUGGGCCAUCAGCAGCACAUUGCCUCUGGCUGUCAGCGCUGCACUUCUCACUGUCAUUCUCAAGUAUGGAAAGAUUCUGCGAUACAGUGACCCCUCUGUGAUCUUUGUCUUCCUCCUGGUCUUCUGCGUGGCAACUGUCAUGCAGUGCUUUUUCAUCAGUGUGUUUUUCUCUCGGGCGAAUCUGGCAGCCGCCUGUGGGGGCCUCAUCUACUUCCUACUCUACCUCCCUCAUGUGCUUUGCUACGCCUGGAGGGACAUCCUGGGCUUUGGCGCCAAGAUUGCCACGAGCCUGCUAUCAUGUGUAGCGUUUGGAUACGGCUGUGAGAAUUUCGCCCGUUAUGAAGAGCAAGGCAUCGGUAUUCAGUGGAGCAACAUCCGGGUCAGCCCGCAGGAGAACGACCGCUACUCCUUCAUCGUUUCCAUCUUCAUGAUGCUGUUUGACGCUCUCAUUUACUGGAUAAUGACCUGGUACAUCGAGAACGUUUUUCCAGGUCAGUAUGGUAUCCCAAAGCCCUGGUAUUUUCCCUUUACUUCCUCGUACUGGUGUGGAACUCUGGUGGGAUCUGAUGGUGAACCCGACCUGCUUAAUGAGAUCGAGGACAAGAACGGUUACUUGGAAAAGUCUCCGUCUGGAAUGAAGGCUGGUGUGUGUAUCCGCAACCUGGUAAAGGUCUAUAAGACGGGAAAUAAACUGGCUGUGGACGGACUCAGCCUGGACUUCUAUCAAGAUCACAUCACCUCGUUUUUAGGACAUAACGGAGCCGGGAAAACCACCACUAUGUCAAUACUGACGGGUCUUUUUGCUCCCACCUCUGGUACCGCUUAUAUUAAUGGCAACGACAUCCGCACUGACAUGGACACCAUCAGGACACACCUGGGAAUGUGUCCACAACACAACGUCCUCUUCAAUGACAUGACAGUGGAAGAACACAUUUAUUUCUAUGCCCGCCUGAAGGGACGGAGCUCUAAAGAGGUGAAGAAGGAAAUUGAUCAAAUGAUUAACGACGUGGGUCUACCUCACAAACGCAAAGACCUCGCCAAGAACCUCUCAGGUGGGAUGCAGAGGAAGCUGUCUGUUGCUAUCGCAUUUGUGGGCGGGUCGAAUGUUGUGAUUUUGGAUGAGCCAACAGCAGGAGUUGAUCCCUAUGCACGCAGAGGCAUCUGGGAGUUGCUGCUCAAAUACAAGAAAGGUCGUACUAUAAUUCUGUCUACCCAUCACAUGGAUGAAGCGGAUAUUCUGGGUGAUCGUAUUGCCAUCAUCUCGCAUGGGCGCGUCUGCUGCUGUGGUUCCUCACUCUUCCUCAAGAAAAAAUACGGUAGAGGCUAUUACCUCACGCUCGCACGGGCCAAUCAGGAUCAAGUCACCACACAACGGUUCCCAUCAAUUAAAGAGUGUGAUAAAUUCAGUGUGGAUGAGGGAAUAUGCAGUGACAGCAUCAGCAGUCUGGACCCACCAGAUGUGGCGGAUCUGAGUCGACUGGUGCGACGGCACGUGCCGGAGGCCGAGUUUCUGGAGGUCGUAGGUCAAGAGCUGGUGUAUGUGCUGCCCUACGCAGGCGCCAGAGACGGGAGCUUUGCUUCUCUGUUUAAAGAGCUGGACAUGGAGAAAAGCACUCUGGGCGUCACUAGCUACGGGAUAUCAGACACAAGCCUGGAGGAGAUCUUUCUGAAGGUGGCUAAAGACACAGGUGUUGACGUGGAAUCGAAUGAUAAGAAAGGAAAUUUUGAACAAAAGCCCAGAAGCAGCUCAAGGAUAUCAGGAAUACAGACUAUCAGCUCAGUAUUGGAAUCCAAAGAUGAAAACACUGAGAAAAAUGAGGUGAAGGUUAAACACACUAGUCGUGUAGAGGACAUCCAGCGCCCCAUGUGUGCGAAUGGCAAAGGGUCGUAUGUCAUCAUGGGUUGGUCACUGAUCAAACAGCAGUUUUUUGCUCUUUUUAUCAAACGAUUUCACCAUGCCCGUAGAAGCAGAAGAGGACUCAUCGCUCAGGUUGUGAUGCCGGCAUUCUUUGUGUGUCUGGCUCUCAUCUUCUCUCUGAUUGUUCCUCCGUUUGUGGAAUAUCCCAAUCUGGAGCUUCAGCCCUGGAUGUAUGGAGCUCCACAGAAUACCUUCUACAGUUUUGAUGGUCCCGGUGUAGAUCAGGUGGAGAAAGUGACGAAAGCUCUGCUCAGUUCACCAGGAUUUGGAACGCGCUGCAUGAGCUCCAACCCCAUACCUAAAUUACCCUGUAACCCUGCGGGAGGCACUGAUUGGUUCACUCCUGCGGUGGAUCCAUCCAUCAGUGAGAUCUUUGAGAAGGGUAACUGGAGCUUAGAGAACCCGUCGCCUGAAUGCCAGUGCAGCACACCGCAACGGAGCAUCAUGCUGCCAGACUGCCCGCUCGGAGCCGGGGGUUUACCACCACCACAGAGAACUCAGAACACCACGGACACCCUUCAGAACGUCACAGCCCGAAACAUGACCGACUUCCUGCUCAAGAACUACCAGAAAUCAGGCAAAAUACGGUAUGGAGGAAUCUCUGUAGGUGGUGUGAACUCGCAGGUCAAUCUGAAUGAGUCUGACAUUACAGCAGUGAUCAGCAACCUCAAAUCAUUCUUCAACAUCUCACAGAAUAACCAGACUGAACACAUUUUCCAGGCCAUUCGGUUGGUUCUAUUGGAGAUGGGCACCAGAGACAAUGUGAAGGUGUGGUUCUAUAAUCAGGGUUGGCAUUCACUCGUAUCGUUCCUGAACGUGGCCAGUAAUGGCAUUCUGAGAGGAAACCUGCCAGCGGGACGCAGAGCAAAUGAAUACGGCAUCACAACAUUCAACCACCCGCUUAAUCUCACUAAAGAACAGCUCUCUGCUGCAUCACUGGCCACGACCUCUACGGAUGUAGUGGUGUCGAUUUGUGUGAUCUUCGCCAUGUCCUUCAUCCCCGCCAGCUUUGUCCUCUUCCUCAUCCAGGAGCGCGUCAGUAAAUCCAAACACCUGCAGUUUGUGAGCGGCGUGAAUCCUACCAUCUACUGGCUGGCCAACUUCGCCUGGGACAUGUGUAAUUAUGUCGUCCCGUGUAUCAUCGUCAUCAUCAUCUUCCUGUGUUUCCAACAAAAAUCUUACGUCUCUCCACCCAACCUGCCUGCGCUCAUACUGCUGCUGUUUCUUUACGGGUGGUCCAUCACUCCGAUGAUGUAUCCCGCCUCGUUCCUGUUCAGCGUUCCCAGCACAGCGUAUGUGGUUCUGACCUGCAUCAACCUCUUCAUUGGCAUCAACGGCAGCGUAGCCACAUUCGUCAUGGAGCUUUUUGACGACCCGAAUAUAACUCGCAUCAAUGACAUAGUGAAACAGGCUCUGCUGGUGUUUCCUCAUUUCUGUUUGGGAAGAGGUCUGAUGGACAUGGCCAAAAACCAGGCAAUGGCCAACCUCUACAAAAACCUGGGUGAAGACCGCUUUGAAAAUCCUCUCAACUGGAACUUGGUGGGCAAGAAUCUGUUUGCCAUGUCCAUUCAGGGGGCGGUUAUGUUCGGCCUGACCCUUCUCAUACAGUACAAGUUCUUCUGCAAACCAAGGUCGAUAAAGUCACUGCCUACAUCAUCAGGAGGAGAGGAUGAAGAUGUGACUCGGGAGCGUGAACGUGUGCACCAGGGUGGAGCUCAGAAUGACCUGCUCCAAAUAUGUGACCUUACUAAGAUGUACCGUGUGAAGCUCACUCCAGCCGUGGAUAAAAUCUGUGUGGGUGUUCCUGCUGCAGAGUGUUUUGGUUUGUUGGGGAUAAAUGGUGCAGGUAAAACUACAACUUUUAAAAUGCUGACUGGAGACAUCAGCCCGACUGCAGGAGAUGCCUUCGUAAACGGAUACAGCAUCCGCAGUGAAAUGCAGUUGGUGCAGCAGAAUAUGGGUUACUGUCCGCAGUUUGAUGCGAUAGAUGACCUUUUGACGGGAAGAGAACACCUGGAGUUCUACGCUCGACUCCGAGGGGUUCCGGAAAAGGAGGUUUCCAUGGUGGCUGAGUGGGGUGUUCAGAAGCUCGGCCUUGUGAAAUACUCUGGGAAAUCUGCAGGAACGUACAGCGGCGGCAACAAGCGCAAACUCUCCACUGCCAUGGCUCUGAUUGGCUGCCCUCCUCUAGUCUUCCUGGAUGAGCCCACCACAGGUAUGGACCCCAAGGCCCGCCGUUUUUUGUGGGACUGUAUCCUCAGUGUGAUCAAGGAGGGGAGAUCUGUUAUUCUCACUUCACACAGCAUGGAGGAGUGUGAAGCGCUCUGCACGCGUAUGGCCAUCAUGGUGAACGGACAGUUCAAAUGCCUGGGCAGCAUCCAGCACCUUAAGAGCAGGUUCGGGGAAGGUUACACACUGAUCGUUCGUGUGUGUGCCGAUCAGCCCGACAUGUGCGUGGUGGAGUCAUUUGUGCGGGACACGUUUCCUGGCAGCACUUUGAAAGAGAAACAUCACAACACACUGCAGUACCAGAUACCGCAGGGAGAGGGAACCCUGGCGCACAUCUUCAGCCAGCUCACCAAACACCAGCAGAUGCUGCGCGUGGAGGAUUACUCUGUGUCACAGACCACACUGGACCAGGUUUUUGUGAAUUUUGCGCGGCAGCAGCGUGAUGCAGAGGACGGGGUGUUUGAGAACGUUGUGGAUCUGAGUGAUGAAAUACAAAUAUCAGCAACAUAAAUCAAAUAUCAAUCAGCAGUUGCAGGCACUU